CCCUAUAUUGCAUUGGGGGCGGGGGCGGUCGAGAGCCCCCGCAAUAUCCCCAACCCACCCGGGCUAUAGAUGGCCCCCCCCCGCAAUAUGGAGGUAGGGUGGCUAUGGAUAGUUUGGAUAGUUGGGUGGGAGGGCUUAAUAGUUGUGGGGGGGGCCGCUACUAUUCUAUGGAUAGUGGGGGGCCUGAAGGAAUUAGGAUUCGUUACGCGCGAUAUGCCGACGACUUCUCACCGGGAAUCGUGGGUACCGUAGAGCUCCUGAGAGGAAUCCAGAAACGUAUCACCCACUUCCUACAAUCCGGCCUGAACAGCUCUUCAUCAGGAUUCACAACCAUAGCCGCACGGAGUACGGUAGAAUUCCCCGGUACAGUCAUUCGGGAAGGGGCGACUCUCUAUAGUCGGCACUCGACCGCCCAAAGGCCCAAUUCUAAUUCUUGGCGAGAGCUGGAGAAGCGUCGGAGGGCGAAGCACCGUAUCCAUCUCACAGCUUCCCACCUACGCUCCGCCAUCCAUUCCAAGUUGGAGGACCUAGGGAGGAGUAUCCCGAUCCAACGGCUUUGUCGUCGCAGCGAGCAGCUCACUCGACUGCUCGACCAACGGCGAGUCGGGCAUCGAUCCACGUCAGGCCCGGUCGUCGGCCCUCUCCCUCCUCGACCUAUCGCCCUAUCUAUAGAAGGGGUGUCGCCCCCCACUAUAGACAGGUUGGAUAUGGAUAGUUCGGAUAGUUGGGUGGGAGGGCUUAAUAGUUGUGGGGGGGCCCCCUACUAUUCUAUGGUAGCUAUAGAAAGGGCCCUACUAUAUAAAGGAGGGAGGCCCGGCGGUCGAGAGCGCCCCCCCCACCCCCCCUACUCUAGUUAUAGUCUGGAUAGUUCUAUCGGACGAGUGCUCUCCCGAUGGCCUAUAGAUAGUAGGGGGGGCUUUCUUUCAAUAGGGGUGCCUCGACCUAUCGAUCGAGAGCAUAAAUGCCCUACCGGUCGAGUGCUCUCCCGCUGGCCUAUAGAUAGUAGGGGGGGCCCUAUCGGUCGAUCUCAUUCACGAAGUGCAGUGAGCGGCAGCGAACUAACAGCGGGCAAAUCGGCCCAUCAGGAAUCCAGCAAAACCCAGAUCAAGGCGCCUGUGAGAAAGAUACUCCAAAGGCUUCGAGAUCGAGGUAUCAUUAGCCGGAGAAGAGCCUGGCCGACCCACGUGGCCUGCUUGACGAACGUCGGCGACGAAGACAUCGUCAAUCGGUUCGCGGGCGUCGCGAUAAGUCCCCUGUCCCACUAUAGGUGCCGCGACAACUUCUAUCAAGUCCGAACGAUUGUCGACUACCAGAUCCGCUGGUCCGCUAUAUUCACCCCUGCCCACAAGCACAAAUCCUCGGCGCGUAAGAUCAUCCCGGAGUACUCGAGAGACUUACACAUAGUCAAUGGUGGUAAGACCCUUGCCGAGUCCCCCAACAGCAUAGAGCUUAGAAAGCUUGGACCCCUUACAAGUGAAGAUCUGGACUAUCUAGACACGGAGCACGCGUACAAGACCUCAUAUCAGGUGUACAUACGAUAUGCAUGAAGCGAUCCGGCCGGAUGCGUCCGCCACCCACCGCAACUAUUCCCUAUGAACACCCGAAGGUAUUGGUAUU